AUUAAAAACCAUUUUCUUUAUUAAUUUUUUUUAACAGAAUUAAAAAAAAGAAAGAAAUACAAAAUCAGAUAAUUAACUUUAAUAACAAAAAAAAAACAAGAAGAAGAAGCAAAAGUCAAGUUUUACAAUAACUUUUUCUGAUAAAAAAAAAGAAAAAAAUUUCCAAAGAGUUUUAAAACAAAAAAAAAUUUUUUUUUGUUAGAAAAUUUUCGCCGUACAUUACGAAAAAUUUCGCAGAUAAUAAACGUGUACAUUUUUAACUUUUAAACUUUUUAUACACUUGAAAAUAGAAAAAAAAAAACAAAGAAAAAAAAAUUACAUUAACUGCACAAACACACAUACAUAAGAGUAACAGAAAAUUUUCAAAAAAAAUUUUUUACUCUUAAUUUUCCGGAAAAAAUUUCUACAGGUAUAAAAAUGAAUUGUUAUAUAAGCAAGUGAAAAGUGCACAAAAACCAAAAAGAAGACAAAGAAUGUGAAAAAAACAAAAAAAAAAUACAAAAGUUUUCUUUAAACUUUUCGUGUAUAUUGUGGAAAAAUUAUUCGUCACGUUUUUAAUUAAUUUUACCUCAGGAAAAGUGUGAAAAAGAAAAAAAAAACUGGUUUUGUAUAGCUCUUAAAAAGAUUUUGAAAACUUUUAACUAAAAAGCAAAAAAUUGAAAAAAAUAAAAUUAAAAGCAAAAAAAAAUAAUAAAAUUCAUUUAUAUGCACGGCUGCACACACUCACACACAUGUGAAUAUAAGAGAUAAAAGUGUCAAUAUCUUAACAAUUUUAACUAAAUUAAGAAACAUAAAAAGAAACAAAGAAAAAAAAUAAAUUUUUUUUUUAAAUUUUAAAAUUUAAGAUUUUUCGUAUAUUAAGUGAAUUUCUUUAUAAUUAAAUACACACAGAGAGAGAAAAAAAUCGAUUUUAAAAUAAUAUAGACGAAAAAAAAAAAAAAAUUUAAUUAAAAGUUGAUUCAAUUACAAGAAAGAAAAAAAAAAUACUUGAAAAACACAAGAAAAAAAUAAUUAAUUUGAAAAGGAAUAGGAUAAAGAAAAAAAAAAAUCAAUUUUUCAGUAACUCUGAAUUGAAAUAUCUUUGGAUAUUGCAUACUUUUAGGAUUUGGAAAAUUUUUAGCAGGUUUUUAACCUGCUAACUUAUUAUUUGUCAAAAUUUUUACGGACGGAAAUAAGUUGAGUCCUGCCGGAGCAGGCAGAGGUAUGUUUUGUUAUCAUUGUCCUCCAACACUUCAUCCAGCUGGACCACAUCCACCAAGAUUACCAACACUGGAAUAUCCAUUUGCCCCAACACAUCCAUAUACAAGUUAUACAUAUCAUCCUGGUCUACAUGAUGAAACAUUUGUUAGAAGAAAACAGAGACGAAAUAGAACAACUUUUACUCUACAACAGCUAGAAGAAUUAGAAACAGCAUUCGCUCAAACUCAUUAUCCAGAUGUGUUCACUAGAGAAGAUUUGGCCAUGAAAAUAAAUUUAACUGAAGCUCGAGUUCAGGUAUGGUUUCAAAAUAGGCGAGCCAAAUGGAGAAAAGCUGAACGUCUCAAAGAUGAGCAACGUAAACGUGAUAAUGGUGAUGGCACAAUGUCAUCCGAUAAAAUUGAUGAAAGUCGUGAUUCAUCACCAGAUAUAACUGGUGAAAUUGAUGAUGAACCACGUAGUCCACAUAGUGGUCCACCAAGUCCAUCACGUGCUGAUUCUGAUAUUGAUCGUCCAUUAUCAUCAACACAAAUGACACAAUCAGCAUCACAAUCUGGUUCUAUAAGUGCUGGUUCACCAUCACCUGGUAUCCGAACACCAUUGAAUUCUGUAACACGUAGUCCAACGAAUUCACACAAUACCGAUUCACCAAUUGAAGUUGGUGGACCAGUAUCAUUAACAACAACAUCACGUACAUCGAAUACAAUACCGACACCAACAUUUGGCAAUCAUAUAUUUAGUAGUUUUAAUGAAAGCAAUGGAGGUUUUCGACCUGUUUUGGAUAAUAAUUCACAAAGAACAAAUCCACCAUUAUUUUUACCACCGCAUUUGGCCUCAUUAAGUCAACAAUUUUCUCAGCCAUUAUUUCCAGGUCUUAAAGCAUUUCCUGGUUUAUGUUCAUGCUGCCCAAUAAAACCACCAACAACAUCAGUUACAUCAACAUCACAAGGAUCACCACCAUCAUCAAAUCAUCCGGAUCCACGUUCAAGUUCUGUAGCUGAAUUAAGACGUAAAGCACAAGAGCAUUCAGCUGCAUUAUUACAAUCAUUACAUGCAGUUGCUGCUGCUGGUUUACCAUUUCCUGGUUUACAUUUACCACCAUUAUCAUUACAUCAUGCUUUAAAUAAUAAUAACAAUAGUAAUAACAGUAAUAAUAACAAUAAUAAUAACAAUAAUAAUAAUAAUAAUAUUAAUCAUAACAGUAAUAGUAACAAUAAUAAUAAUAACAAUUUAAUUAAUAAUAAUAAUUUAAAUAAUACAAAUCUUAAUCAUCACCAUCAUCAUCAUCAUCAUAAUCAACAUAAUAAUAAUUUAAUAAUUGAUCGAAAAUCUGAAGCACAAGAUAUGACAACAUCAACAAUGAAUGGUAUUACAACAUCAACUGGUAAUAAUAAUAACAAUAAUAAUAAUAUAACAACAAACAAUUUAUUAAAUUCAAAUAGUAAUGGUAAUUCAUCAAAUAAUGGUACACCAACAAAUGGUCAAUCACCAGAUCUUAAACAAAAUGGUAUUAUUGAAAAAAUUUCAAAUUCAUCAGAUUAGUUUUAUUUUUCUAUAUUGUAAUUUAAAAACAUAAAAAAAAAAUUUAAGAAAUAAUUUUAAAAAUAAAUAAAUAGUAUUGCU